AUGCCUGGUUACUGCCAUGAUCGACUACAAAAGGUCAUGCAAGAUCUUCAGCAACGUCUGAACAAGAGCCCUCCUCGAUUACCUUCCUGGAUCCACGUUAAUGCAGAAGCUAUACCGCGUCUGCUGGAAGCUCUGCAAUUCUGGGCAACCGUCCCGGGCACAUUACACACGCGGGAAGUCCUGGAGGCCCAUAAACCUACCUCGUGGGAGAACGACAUGGCUAUGCUCAAUAACCCAAGUGUAUCUCCAGAGUAUAGAGAGAGAGCUCUUCAUUUUCACGAGCAAAAACGUCAAGAUGUAAUGUCGGAGUUUCAACGAUCGGGCCCCAAGCGCCUGAGACAGAUGGGCAUCGUCGACCCCGGACCAGGCGCAACGCCAGCGCAGAGACAGAAGUACGAAGAACGGUACCAAGCAGCUGUAGAGACUAUGAUGGACAUAGCAAUGACAGACAUUGGAUCUUUGUCAUUCGAGAAGCUAUGGUACGACAGGACGAAGGUAUUUCUUCCCCCGCAAGAACUUUGGUCACGGCAUCCUGCCUUUGACACUUACCGAGGACUCAAGAAAUUGGAUCCGCAAAGGCUCGUGGAUCAGAACCUCACGUUGACUCAAAGCAUCGCACAAUGUUGGAAGGCCAACCCGACCCUGGUGGAUUCCCGAAAUAAAAAAAGACAGCCUUUUUUAAACCCGAAACCCUUCGAGACACCAGCUUUCAUAGAAGGAUUCAAUACCAAAUAUAGACUCAACGGCGAAAGUGCUUAUCAUCGCGAUAUCGACUCACCAACAUUCACUGUAGUUAAUGACUUCUUCGUCGCCGUCGCGAAGGCCAUCAAGGGUAUGCCGGGCCGAAUAACGUUGGAGAUCCUGAGCGGCGAACUCAUGCAGGAACUUGCGAAGAUGAGGUUAAAAACCGACCACACUCGUCCCAGCGAAUUUCCGAGGUCAUACACCAGAGCCUAUAUCAGCAACGUCCCGGAUUAUGCUCACGGAAUGAUCAACACCGUAGUAUAUGCUUUACCAGUCCUACAAGUCGAUAAGGAAGCAGGAGUUGCAUCGACUUGCCUGCUCAAUCCUGGAAUUUGGCGCAACGAGGACGAAUUCUGCUACACCUAUACGCUCCUUCGACUCUACGAUUUGCCCAAGUAUUUCGGCUGUCGUGUGAUUGAGCAGGACGUCGCCGGUCAUCUUAGGCAACCGGUCUUUACCUCAUCCGUUGACCGAAUUGGCUUCGCGCGAAGAACUUGUUGCGUGGCUAACGCGGACACUGCUUCACAUCGUCGUUCCACCGAUCGUGAGCGGCUCUUUCCCCGUCCGCCUUCCCAAUAA